AUGGCUGAAACGUUUAAUUUUGAUGGUGACGGGGAGGGCAGUGAUGUAAAUAUGCAAUACGAGUUAAACGUAGACCACACACAAUUUUUGAGCAUAGCAGGUGAGAAUAAUAUGAACUUAGCCAGUGAUAAUAAUAACAUUAACACAAAUAGUAACAAUAUACAGCGCGAUGAACAAUCAAGAUUGCCCAAGAGAAUUCGUGAUGAUGAUGACGAGAAUGGACAAUGGCAUGAGGUGGAAAGGAGACGCAAAAAAUUAAAUACGAGAACCUUGAACUUAGACCCUCCGUCGCAACGCGCAGCUACACCUAACCAAGUGGCAAUGGCAACUUCAUGCAAAAAUGCAUUCCCGAAACAAUUUGCUUUGGCCAAGUUAUUGAAGCAACAUGGAAUCACGGGUAUAUUAAAAGUCAAAUACGUCAAUCCAUACAAACUUUUGAUAAAUUUUGAGAAUGAUGAAAGCGCCAUGAAUUUCAUCAAUAACACGGAAUUGGCAAAAUUGGAAUGGAAAAGACAAAAUACAGCAGAAGUUGGAUUAUCUUUUGGUAUUAUAAGUGACAUUGAGACAGACCUUUCUGAAGAAGAUCUACUAAAGGAUAUUGAAAGCGAAGUAGACAUAGCCUCUAUCAAGCGUCUUAACCGAAUAAGCCCUGAUGGUUGGACAGCGAGCGAGAGCGUCAGGAUUGGGUUUAAGGGGUCGAGGCUCCCGUCUCACGUGUUUCUGUGCGGUUUAAGAAUUAAAGUGAGACCAUACAUUUUUCCGGUCACACAAUGCUCGCGCUGCUGGAGAUUCGGCCAUACAGCAAAAAUGUGCCCCGCCAACAAACCAAUUUGUCCAAAAUGUGGUGAGAGACAUGCGAAUUGUGAGACACAACAGUUCACGUGUGCCAACUGUAGAGGUGAGCACUUAGCAAUGUCCAAGAAAUGUCCUACAUAUCUCAAAGAGAAAAGAAUUAGAGAACUUAUGAGAGAAUUCAACUGUACAUACCAAAAAGCGCUUGAUAUAUUUGUACCACCUUCUCCAACAGUACCGGAGACGAACGUUGCGACAAUUCAACAGACAGUGAAUGUUCAUGAUACUCCGGAUGACGUCACGGAAUCCCAGCCAACAUACAGGGAUAUUUCUCGUAAAGUUCCGGAAACGAACAAACAAAGCAAGGUACCUUCUGGGACACAGAGACAAUCGAAAAUGAAUGUUAAUCGACCACAAACGAACGCUCGUCCGGAAUCAAGUACAAGCGCCACGCGUAAGCAAACAGCCCCAGAUAACGUAGGAGCAGAUAUGUCACAGGAACGUCGAGAGAACUCGUACCAAGAGAAUGUAAGUGAACGAAGCGAGGAAGAAAUUCAGUGCCUGUCAGAAUUGCUCGAGCGUUUAAAAGACCUUUUAUUUGUCAGAAGUCUUAGCUUGCAGGAGAAGAUAUACACUGGUUACAAAAUGGUAAAAACUUGGUUAUUAUCGUGUAUAGUUAAAAUAUUGUCUGAAUUACCUUUGCUGAAAAAUGUUUUCGGGUCCGGCAAUGGGUAA